CGCCAAGACUACUCCCACACGUUGGAUUUUCGCUCCAUCAUCGCGACGAAUUGUGACUUUCGAAACGGACCACCACCACCCGUUGCCCUGCCACCUUCGAACCGACGCCUUUGAAGCGAUAAUCCGCUCAAACCCGUCAUCAUGGCUCAUCGUGGUCCCGGCAGCAAGCCGGAGAAUAUCCUCAAGCGGGCAAAUGAACUCAUCGGAGUCCAGCAGCCUCAAGCUGCACUCUCGCUACUCCACGAACAUGUCAUCUCUAAGCGAACCCGAAACUCCCCCAUCGUAUCCCUCGAGCCGGUGAUGCUUCUUUUCGUUGAACUCUGUGUCGAUCUGAGAAAGGGCAAGCUCGCAAAGGAUGGCCUCUACCAGUACAAGAACACCGCCCAGAACACAAAUGUUGGAACCAUCGAGCUUGUGUUCAAGCGAUUCAUGGAACUGGCUGAACAGAAGGUCACCGAGGCCCAAGCCAAAGCCGACGAUGUUCAAUCCUCGCUCGAGACCACCACCGCUACGCAGAACAUCGAUGACCUUGAGGCUUCCGAGACUCCCGAAUCCAUCCUCCUCUCAACCGUGUCCGGCGAACAGUCUCGCGACCGAACCGAUCGUGCCAUCGUCACUCCCUGGUUGAAGUUCUUGUGGGAGACCUACAGGACGAUCUUGGACGUCUUCAAGAACAACGCACGCCUCGAGAUCAUGUACCAGAGCACCGCACUCAACGCCUUCGCUUUCUGCUCCAAGUAUGCCCGCAAGACUGAGUUCCGCCGCCUCUGCGAGCUCCUCCGAAACCACUUGCAAAAUGCCGCCAAGUUCUCCUCCCAGAUGCACGCCAUCAACCUCUCCGACCCCGACACCCUCCAGCGUCACCUUGACACCCGUUUCCAGCAACUCAACGUGGCGGUCGAGCUCGAACUGUGGCAGGAGGCUUUCAGGAGUGUCGAGGAUAUCCACACCUUGUUGAAUCUGAGCAAGCGCCCCGCCAAGAACAUCAUGAUGGCCAAUUACUUCGAAAAGCUCACUCGCAUCUUCCUCGUCAGCGAGAACUACCUUUUCCAUGCAGCUGCUUGGAGCCGAUACUACAAUCUCCUGCGCCAAUCUGCUGCCGCUGUCGCCUCUGGCCAGGGCCUAAAGAAGGACAACCCCGCCGUCACCGAAGCCGAUAUGACGAAGGCAGCUUCGUUUGUGCUUCUUGCGGCUCUAGCCAUCCCAGUCAUUAGCACUUCCCGCUCCCGGGGUGCCCUCGUGGAUGUUGAUCAGGCCAGAAACAACAAGAACUCCCGGCUGACGAACCUCCUCGGUAUGGCCCAGCCUCCUACUCGUGCCAUCCUCUUCAAGGAUGCCUUGAGCAAGGGUCUCCUCAAGCGUGCCCGUCCCGAGAUUCGUGAUCUGUACAACAUUCUUGAGGUUGACUUCCACCCUCUGUCCAUCUGCAAGAAGAUCUCGCCUAUCCUCGCCAAGAUCGGCGCCGACGAGGAAAUGAAGAAGUACGUUGGCCCUCUUCAGCAGGUCAUCCUCACCCGCCUCUUCCAGCAAUUGUCCCAGGUCUAUGAUUCCGUAGAGAUCAAGUUCGUUCUCGACCUGGCCCAAUUCCCCGACCCCUUCCAGGUCAGCAGCGGGACCAUUGAGAAAUUCAUCAUGAACGGCUGCAAGAAGGGUGAUCUGGCCAUUCGAAUCGAUCAUGCUAGUGGCGUGCUCACCUUCGACUCGGAUGUCUUCUCAUCCGCAAAGGCCAUGCACGCAGGUCCGGGAGCUGGCUCGGCGGAGGAAUCAGUCCAGCGCCUGCAGAGCACUCCCGCUGAGAUUGUUCGCUCCCAACUCACUCGCUUGGCCAAAUCUCUGUUCGUCACUUGCCAAUAUGUUGAUCCUUCUUUCAACGACGAACGCAGGAAGGCCAAAGAAACGGCUCUUCUGCGAAGCAAGGAGGGUGCCGACAAGGAGCACCAGGAGACUCUUGCUCGCCGCGAUGUCAUCACACAAAAGAAGGAGGCCGCUCUCAAGGCUGCGCAGGCUAAGGAGAGUGAGGAGCAGUCCAAGCGCCUGCUCCGCGCUCAGCAGGCCCGCGAUGAGGAGGCUCGCCGUCUCGCCGAAGAGCAGCGCCUCCGCACUCAGCAGCGUCUCCAGGCCGAGCAAGCCCGUGUCCAGCGCGAGGAAAUUGAGAAGCAGCUCAAGGAACUCAAGCAAGGCACAAAGGUCGAGCUUGAUAUUCCCGAGGACAUCACUGAGUUGGAUUCCGGCCGCAUUCGUGCCAUGAAGCUUGCUGCUCUCGAGAAGGAGAAGAACCAACUCGGAGAGCAACUCCGCAUUGCCGGAAAGAGAAUCGACCACUUGGAGCGUGCUUAUCGCAAGGAAGAAGUCAAGCACUUGAAGGGCGACUACGAGCGCCAGUUGAAGGAGGAUCAAGCUGCGUACGAAAAGGCCAAGGUCGAGACUCUGAAGGAGGCUGAGCACAAGCACAAGGAAGAUGUUGCCCUCAAGCAUCGUCUGUCAAGGCUUGUGCCCAAGUAUCAGAGCUUCGUCAACGACGUCAAGCAACAGCGCAAGGCCGAGUUCGAAAAGCGCAGCAAGAAGGCUCAGCAAGAACUUGAGGCCAAGAAAUCUGCACGUAUUCGCGAAAUCAAGGAGGCUCGUGCAAAGGAGAAGAGGGAGCGCGAAGAGCAAGAGAGGAGACAAAGGGAGGAAGAGGAGCGCGAGAGAGCCGAAGCCGAGGCCAAGGCCAAGGCAGAGGAAGAGAGACGCGCGAAGUUUGCGGAAGAGAAGGCAAAGAGGGAAGAGGAGAGAAAGAAAUUGGACGAGAAGGCUGCUUUGCAGCGCCAGAGAGAAGAGGAGGCGGAAGCCAAGCUUGCCGCAAAGAAGGCCGGUGGUCUUCCGGACCGCACCGUCUCGCGCGAUCGACCUUCAGAAUCAGCUUCUGCUGGCGGUCCCCCACGUCUCAAUCUCGCCGGUGGCAAGCCAUCGUGGCGUGAGCGUGAAGCUAUGAAGGCUUCAGGUCAGGCACCUCCAUCGGCUCCUGCGGCCGCCCCAUCUGCUGCUGCUCCAUCUCCGGCUGCUCCUCCUGCUGCCGAGAGCGAGGCACCAAAGAGGGGCGGAUACGUUCCGCCUGCACUGCGCGGCAAGACCGAAGGCGGCUCUGGUGGAGGUUGGCGCGAGCGUGAGCGUGAGCGCGAGAGUGGUGGCCGCGGCCCUGCUCCUCGUGCCGAACCUUCUGGACGUUAUGAGGCACCUAGCGGCCGUAGCAGGUUUGAAGCUGGCGACAAAGGCAGGACUCAGUCGCCUGCUACUGGCGGCGGUUAUGUCCCACCCGGCCGACGUGGCCAGGCAGAGGGUGGUGACAGGCCGCGUGGAGAGGAGCGUGAGCGCGAGCCUCUGCCUCAGGGUCAGGCCUCCACAGAUGGCAAGUACAGGCCUGGUGCAUUCAAGAGAUCAGGUCAAUAAAUCACUUGACUUGACAGUAUGAUUAAUCCAAAAGGGGGAAAUGCCUUUCAAGAUGAUAUGACGACGACGAAAAGACCUCCAAUUUGGGCACAUAGGGAACGGUAGGGUAGAUAAAUGGCUGGUGGAGUUGGGCCCUAGUCGGCAUGGCUCGACUCUUCUCUUUUUUUU